UUUUUGGAAGUUGGUUGCAGGUCUGAGAACAGCUUUGUCAGUGCCUCCGAGCUGAGGGACAGAUGUGGGUAGAUGAUCUCACUCAGCAGUCAAUGGCGAACAUUGGUUUUUGGACGAGCUCUUUGUGAACUAUUUAUUUCAUCAAGGAUGAAAUAAAUAGUUUGCUUGCUGGCAAAUAUCAAAUAGGUUGCUUGCUGGCUUCUGAGAUUUUUUUUUUUUGGGCCACGGAAUUUUUUUAUUUUUUUUCUCGAGGUCACUGAUUUUUUUAAAUUUUUUUUACAUAAAAAUUCUGAGAUUUUUUUUUUUUCUGGGCCAUAAUUUUUUUUUUUUUUUCAGUGGCCCUUCACUCACGCUGAAUUGAAGGGAACUCAAAAAUUAAGGCAGGGCACACUCUUGAUUUGGCUCACAUCGGUUUCAGACGCAACAUAUUGCGCUAAAACUCUGCACAAACAUUUAAGUAAAAAACAAACAAACAAACAAAAAUAUUUAAGUUAGCAUAUCAGUUUGAGUUCUCUGCUGUGUUGUUGUCCGAAGAUUUAGAAUACAUUGAAAUGAAAGUAUAGAUUUACGGGGAAGUGAACCCGGAAGUUAAAAAAGUAAACCAUCUUGCUCGUGCAGCUUAUCUUUGUGCGGCGAUGCUAGCUUGGCUAGCAGCCAGCUCGGCUCGGCCUCGGUGGCAUGGAUAUAGAGACUGCUUUCCACACGGUUGGGGAGUUUGGGCCAUACCAGAAGCGGGCGGUUACCGUGUUGGUUCUGACGCAGGUCUACAUGGCCUGCCAGUCCAUGCUGAUCGUUCUGGUUGGAUACACACCAGAGUAUCGGGUCGAGAAGCAGGACAGUGGUUCGUCCGGCCACCGGGAGUUGCAGCAGCACGUCAUCUUCACGGAGGAAGCGGACUCCAUUGUCACGGAGUGGGUCCUCAUCAGACAGCAGGCCUAUAAGGUCAGCCUGGCCGGGUCGCUGUUCUUCACCGGGCUGCUGGUGGGGAAUGUCGUCUUCGGCCCGCUCUCUGAUCGGAUCGGACGGAGGCCCGUCUACCUGACAGGUCUGUUCUUUGAGGUGAUGUUCGGCUACCUCACCGCCCUGGCGCCCAGCUACGAGGUCUUCGCCGCUUCUCGGCUCCUGGUGGGGCUGAUGAACGGCGGAAUCGGCCUCGUCUGCUUCGUCCUCACCCAGGAGUACGUGGGGAAGUCCUACUGGGCCAUGACCGGGACCCUGAACAGCAUGAUCUUCGCCGUCGGCAUCGCUCUGUUCGGAGCGCUGGGCUACUUCGUCCGGCCCUGGAGGACUCUGGCCACGGUGGCCAACUCCUCCGGCGUCCUGUUCUUUCUGCUGUCUGUAACUCUUCCAGAAUCUCCUCGCUGGCUUUAUUCUCAGGGACAGACGGAGCGAGCCGAACAGGUUCUGCGCUACAUGGCCGUGAGGAACGGCAGCAGCGCCUCCAACCUGGUUCUGCAGCGGGUCGGCGCCGCCAAGCCCGGCAGCCCGGUGAGGAGGGGCGGCGUCCUGCAGCUGGCGGUCCAUCCGGUCCUGCGCCUCAGGACGAUGGUGCUCAUGUACGUGUGGUACUGCUGCAGCCUGGUGUAUUACGGCCUCACACUGGGAGCCAGCGCCACGUCGGGGAGUCGCUUCGUUAACGUGGCCAUGUACGGCCUGGUGGAGCUGCCGGCCUAUCCGCUCUGCAUCUAUUUCAUCAAUAAGAGCUGGGCCGGCAGGAGGAAGAGCAUGUCCAGCUUCCUGUUCCUGGCCGGCGGCGCCUGCCUCUGCACCACGCUCAUCCCCGAGAACUCAGGGUCUCUGCUGAGCAUCAUGUCUCUGGCUCUGCUGGGGAAGCUGAUGGUCAGCGCUGCGUUCAACAUCGCCUACGUUUACACCUCAGAGCUCUACCCGACUGUGAUCAGGAACGCCGGGCUGGGAGUGUGCUCCAUGUCCUGCCGAGUGGGAGGAAUCCUGGCGCCGUUUGUUCCCUCCAUGCGCGCGCUCCACGCCUCCAUGCCCUUCACGGUGUUCUGCCUGAGCGGUUUGUCUGCCGGCUGCCUGGGCCUCCUGCUGCCGGAGACCCUGAACCGACCUGCAGCCGACACUCUGGAGGAGCUGAGCGGCCCGAGCAGCAGCCGGGUUCUGGAGAACAAGGCUCUGCUGUACGAAGAUGAGAAACUGAAAUCAAACCACCAGUGAAGUUCUGGUCUUCGUUUGGGUCCAGAGGAGCGGCUGCUUCCGAGCGCCGUACCGUCCCUUUAAGACAGGGAGUCUCCGGGUCGCCGCCUGCAGGGUUCUCCUCGGUUCCUCCUCAGGUUUUUCUCUCCUGGCUUCAGUCCAGAUGUUGCUGCCGCUGGCAGGAAGUGAAGCACAAACUUUAAACAUUCCUCUGGCCACCGCUCUGAAGAGAGCCAGGUCAAAGGUCACUGAACCCAGAAGCUGCUGAUCAGCUGGGAAACGUGAUCUGCUGGGACCAGGUCGUGGUUCUGAUCCGUUAGAGAAACUUCCUUCACUUUCACUGAAAGCGGUGAUGUGGUUUAAUGGCUGCUCAAGUGAUGGAUCACGUGAUGUUUCAUGUAUGAAUCAAGCUUCUACUGCCCCCUGGUGGCUGCCUGUUCAGGCCGGGAAGCCGAACCGACUGGGUCAGAGGUUAUUUUUAAAAGCAGAGGUGAUGCUGCCUUAACGAUCAGGAAGUGAAAACGAUCAGAUCGAAGCCGCAGCAGAAAGUUUUAUGAUCACAUGUGGAUCCAAUCUGACCUGUUUACACGUUGAAACGUGAUUCUGAUGGAAAUCUGGGUUUUCACAGCUUUCCUGAACACCAGCUGAGGUUUUUCUACCUGAAAUCAUUUUGAACUGAAGGAGAAACUGUGGUUGGUGAUGACUGUACCUCUGAUGAAACCUGACACCCAAAAAUAUCUCCAAGGUUUUCUGUCCUGGUUCUGGUGGAAACGUCUCACUGGAGAUCAGACAAAACUAACUUUCACCACAUUUUCAGAAAGAUAUUGAUUGUUUUUAAAGAAAAUGACAUUUUCUGACUCGUUAGAAGUGAAACACUCAGCUGGUGUAACUGGUUAUUUUUAAUCAGUAUUUCCUUAAAUCAAUCUCCUACAUUGGAAAGUUACUUUAAUCAUAUUUACACAAGAACUAGACAGAAAUCCUUGGUAAUAUUUUGUUUUUGCUGCAUUCAUGUUUAUCAUCAAACAUCCUGAAAACGACCAAUAAUAGAUUCAUUUACUUCCUGUUUACUUCCUGAUAUUCCAUAAAAGUUUUCUCAGACCACCAUCAGGUUCAGGGUUCAAACUGUCUGAGUUUUCCUACAGAUUAAAUCCUAAAAUUGGAAUAAAAACCUUUAGUUUUUGAUAAAACCUCUAAUAAUGAAUCCUGGCUCAUGUUGCAGCGUCUCUAACUCCCACAGGGUGAGAAAAUCUCUGCACUUUAAAGCUGCACAUUUAUGGGACCAAUCCUAAAUAUUUUAAUUUGAUUUAAAAGUUAAUUUUGUGGUAAGUUCUGAUAUAUUUUGAAAUGUUAAAUCCUGAUUUUCUUACCCCAGUAAUGACGGAUAAACUGCUUCAUUAGUCAAAGUUGUUUGAUUGACUCAUAAGGAAAAUCACCAGAGAAGUAAAACCUGUAAAAUGAGUCGAAUUAAUGUUGAUUUUAAUGAUAAUUAAGGAGAUUUUAAAGGGAUCAAAGCUCCUGGACUAAAAACACGACGACAUUCCUGAAAGUCUUUUGUUUACUCUGUAAAUACUGAGAUGAAAUAAUGUUACUAAAUGGAUGUUAUUGUAUCUACGGGGAUCUUUGGUUUAUCUUUGAGUAAAAAUAUUAAUUUUC